ACCUUGACUAACAAUAAGUCAUCGGCGUAUAAUCGAGUUCUUCGUUUCAAGAUCAGAAGCGUCUGGACUACCGGCAAGCGACAUUGCAGAGUAAUAAUCCUUAACCGCGAAGAUGGCAAAACCGAACGCAAAGCAGCCUGUCACUUACACCCAGCUAUUCAUCAACAACGAAUGGGUCCCCGCAGUGAGUGGCAAGAAAUUUGCCACCAUUAAUCCAGCAAGCGGAGAAAAGAUUGCUGACAUAGCCGAAGCUGACAAGGUUGACGUUGAGAAAGCGGUUGCAGCGGCUAAAAAGGCAUUCGCCCGAGGCUCAGCUUGGAGAAGUUUAGAUGCAUCGGCGCGUGGAAAUCUAUUGAACAAGUUGGCCGAUUUGAUCAUCAAAAACGUCGACGAAUUGGCCAGCUUGGAGUCCAUCGACAAUGGAAAACCAUUCAAGGAAGCCUACGGAGAAGUCUACGGCUGCGCGGCUUUUCUCCGUUACUAUGCCGGCUGGACCGACAAGAUUCACGGGAGCACCAUCCCGGCUGACGGAAACUCGUUCACCUUAACGAGGAAGGAGCCGAUCGGCGUAGUCGGUCAAAUCACCCCAUGGAACUAUCCCAUGAUUAUGAUUGGAGUCAAGCUAGGGCCAGCCCUGGCAGCUGGUUGCACGAUAGUGUUGAAACCAGCCGAACAAACGCCUCUGACCGCUCUUCGAGUAGCAAGUCUCGCUAAGGAGGCCGGAUUCCCUCCCGGAGUCCUCAACGUUGUUCCAGGUUUUGGUCCCACUGCUGGAGCCGCGAUUAGCGAACACGCCGACGUCGCCAAGGUUGCGUUUACCGGAUCUACCGAGGUUGGCCACAUCAUAAUGCAAGCCGCGGGAAAAACAAAUCUGAAACGCGUCACGCUAGAAUUGGGAGGGAAAAGCCCCUUUGUCAUUUUCAACGACGCUGACCUUGACGAAGCCGUAAAAGUUGCCCACGAUAAUUUGUUCCAAAAUGCUGGGCAAACCUGUUGUGCACCAACUCGAGUCUUCGUGCAGUCCGGGAUUUACGACGAGUUUGUUAAGAAAUCGACAGCUUUGGCUAAGGAGAGAAAAGUUGGCGAUGCCUUUGAACCAAAUGUACAGACUGGUCCUCAGAUCGACACGGAAAGUUUCGAGAAGAUUUUGGGUUUGAUUGAAUCUGGCAAGAAACAAGGCGCGAAAUUGCAAACUGGCGGAAGCCGGCUUGGUAAAGUUGGUUUCUUCGUUCAGCCUACCGUCUUCUCAGACGUCACCGAUGACAUGAGAAUCGCUAAGGAAGAGAUCUUUGGACCGGUACAACCGAUCUUUAAGUUCGAAACCCUGGAGGAGGUGAUCCAACGAGCAAACAAUACCAAUUACGGGUUGGCAGCCGGUGUUUACACUAAGAACAUCGAAACCGCACUAGAAUUUUCCAAGGCCAUAGAGUCCGGUGUCGUCUGGGUGAACCAGUGGGGUGCUUUGGGACCGCAAGCGCCUUUUGGUGGCUACAAGGAAUCUGGCAUUGGAAGGGAAAUGGGCGAAGAAGCUUUGAGCAACUAUCUCGAAGUCAAAACCAUCUCGAUCAAACUACCCUCGAAUCAUUAAGCUUGCCCAACGUCGCAGACACGCCUAAGAGAAAGAUUUACACAGCAGAUGCUCAUCUCUCGGAGUCCAAAUGCCUGCCAUCAUUUUCUAUUUCUUCUGGGUAUCUCUUAAUUCAGAAUGAUAAUAAAAAUGGAGUGUGGUGGUAAUUGAUCCACAGCCUACACUAAUGACUACGGCAUAAAAAUCGAUGUAUACUUUGUAACAAUCUUUAUACUUCUCAAUGAACAAUAAAAACUAAAACUUAACGUUCAGAAA